AUGACUUUCUGUUAUAUGUCAAGCAAGAACGUGGAGAAUUCACAAAGGUCCAUGCUUCUUUUUUUAGGGAUGUACAUUUUCUUAGUGCAGUGGAUACUGACCCAUCAGCAAGUCAAUGUGGCCUUAGGAGGAAUAGCAACACAAUCUUCCACAUACUUACAAAGAUAUGCUUCCUUUGCUAUCGACGGCAACAGGGCAACUAACGUGAAUUCCCACUCAUGUACCACUACAAAUGCUGAGUAUAACCCAUGGUGGAGGGUGGACUUGUUGGCUGUGUAUGACAUUAGCAAUGUAAUCAUCACUAACAGAGGUGACUGCUGUACAGACCGGCUAAACGGUGGUGAGAUCCACAUUGGCAAUUCCUUAAUCAACAAUGGCAACAAUAACUUUAGAUGUGUUGUUAUCCUUAGCAUCCCUGCUGGUGCCUCUGAAAAUUACACCUGCAAUAUGCGGGGCCGUUACGUGAACAUCAUCCUUCCUUAUGUUACCCAGUACCUCACACUCUGUGAAGUGGAAGUUUAUGGAGUUGCAGUCCCUGUAAUCAAGAGGGCAUUUCUGAGAGUAAAGUUUAACAGCACUGAAGAUCUCAACAACCCUACCACGAGGGACAAUGUUCUUCAAAAGAUUAAAUUUGACAAUGUCCAGAAAUCAGCGUUUCAGGUCCGUUGGACAAAGGAACCAGAACUGGAAACUUUUCUUCUUCGCACAGUCAAUGUGGCCUUAAAAGGAAUAGCAACACAAUCGUCUUCAUACAGUGGCAGUUACUAUGCUUCUUUAGCUAUUGAUGGCAACAGAGCAUCUAACAUGAAUUCCUACUCAUGUACUACUACAAAUGCUCAGAUUGGCCCAUGGUGGAAGGUGGAUUUGUUAGCGGUGUAUGACAUUAGUAAUGUAAUUAUCACUAACAGAGCUGACUGUUGUGCAGAACGUAUAAAUGGUGCUGAGAUCCACAUUGGCAACUCCUUAAUCAACAAUGGCAACAAUAACCCCAGAUGUGUUGUUAUCCCUAGCAUGCCUGCUGGUGCCUCUGUAAAUUACACCUGCAAUAUGCGGGGUCGUUACGUGAAUAUCAUUAUUCCCAGUAUUACCCAGUUCCUCACACUGUGUGAAGUGGAAGUCUAUGGAGUUGCAGUCCCUGUUUUUAAAAGGGCAUUUCUGAGAAUAAAGUUUAACAGCACUGAAGAUCUCAACAAUCCUACCAUGAGGGACAAAGUUCUGCAAAAGAUCAAAUCUGCCAACAUCCAGUCAUCAGUAUUCCAGAUUCGGUGGACAAAGGAACCAGAACUGGAACCUGACACUUGAAAAAGGUAAGAAUGCUUAGAAGAGUACUACUAUUACUACAACAACAACUACUACU